AUGCCGAAGCAGCAUGCCCGGAGUGAAGCACUGGCUUAUUCAGGCUUUCCUAAGCAGUUCACCAGGAAUAUCCAGAGACUGUUUGCUUCACUCACUGCUCCUUUAGUGUCUGCAGGUUUCCUGUCUUGCCUGGGUGCUACAAUUACCUUAUUCGAUGGCUCUUUCCCCUUCUACCCCAAGUCCAAGGCAUCCUUCCCAUUUGACACAGCUUGGGCUGUGAUCAUCUCUGUGUUCAUCACUGUGCUGGCUACUUUCAUCAUCAUCUGGCUUGGCAUCCAAGGCAAAGGGAGGUCCUUCUGGAUCUUGCGAGUGGUCACCAGCCUCUUCAUCGGAGCAGUGAUUCUUAGAAACCCAGUGAAUCAGAUCAAUGAAACCAUCAGCUACAACGAGCACUUUUCCUGGAGCUUCGGAGAGGACUAUGACCUCAGCUACAGUGAGGGCCUGGAGCGGGGGCUGCCGCGUCCCAUCCUGUACGUGGCAGAGAAAUGCACCCUGAACAGUCCCUGUGGUGUGCAUGCCCAGUACUGCAUUUCCAGCCACUAUGCCUCCCUCACACUGUGGGCAGCCUUCUGCACCUGGCUCAUUUCCAACAUGUUCUUCUCCAUGUCCAUCCUGCUGUACAGGGGCUACAUAUUCAUACUCACGGCACUACUGAUGAUCUGCUCACUGCUCUUCUUCACUGUCGCCAGGCACUUCCCAAUGUGCAACAUCCGGUUCGGUUCAGCCUCCCUGCAGAUCGGCUAUGGGGCAUCUUUCUGGCUGACCUUAGCCACAGGGCUGCUGUGCUUCCUGCUGGGGCUGGCCGUGAUCCUCAUGAAUUUGAUGCAGCCCAAGAAGCUGAAGCUUGUCUUUAAUGUGAGUAAGGGAGAGGGAGAGGAAGAGGAGGAGCAGGAAGUGGGGCCUGCUGAGCAAACCCCGAAAGGCGACAUCCUCAUGGCUCCGCUGGGUGAGAACUGCAGUGUGACAGUGACUGACUUGUGAGGGCCAACCGCUGCCCCUGCCCAGCCUGCAGAAGAGCACCGAACAGCAGUGUGAGGAGGCAGGGGAGGAGCAGGACUGUGCCUGGGCUUCCUGGAGGAGAUCUUCCAGACUGCCGAUCUUUAGCAGCUCCCAGCUUAUCCACGCACAGCCACACAAGGCUUGUGGCCAACCCAAACAGGCAGGGGCCAACUUAGUUUAGUAUCUUGUCUCAUGCCCGAGUGCAAAGGUUUCCGUGGAUCUUCCUGCAGCAGUAGCCAUGCCUUUUCCUGUUGUGGCAGGGGCUUGCUUAACUAUGGAGUGUGAGGGUGAUUUCAGCAUGCAUUGCCACCCCCACCCUUACUUGACCCCAAAUCCCAUCAGCUAUUGUGCUGUCCAGUCCCCCCAACUCUUUCAGUGCCCUCUCCGUCUUGUCAAGGUAAAUAGCCCUUGCUGCUGCUCCCUUCUUUUCCUUGAUCAUUACUACGUUAAACCACAGUCCAGGCAGAGACAUCUGCUGCUCACUCACAACUGACCACUUCAUCUUCCUUUUUCUUCCAUAUCUCAGCCAAGUUAUGAUCAGGGGCUGGUCUUCUUCACACCUCCCGAAUAAGGCGUCUGCAUGGUGGAAUCAUUGUCCUCCGUGGCAGUGCCUUCAUGCGGGCUGCGCAGACUGACUUCUAAACUGUCGUGUCUGUGCAAGGUAUCAGGCCAGCUAAUUAGCACUGCUGCCUGGGAUCCCUUGAGCAUAUACUGACAACCUUUAAUAGGAUCAGGACAUUGGCUGCCCAGUUCCCCUACUAUACGCUGUAUCUCAUUUAGUUGGAUGCUGCCCUAAAGGGGCUGCUGCUGCGCACAGGAUAUUUACCAUGUAGACAUGGCCUCAGUUUACUUCAGUUUCUUGUGAGAAGCCUUAAUAAAAGAUUCUGAAAAGCCUAGGUCAGCACUGCCAGUCCGGUUGGCUUUAGCAGCUGCCUUCUGACAGAAGUGGGCACGCUGGAGGAGAGGGACAGGAUGCAACUAGAUCUAGACAGGUUACAGGAGUGAGCAGAUGAGAACAGGAUGGGUUUCAACACUGGCAAGUGCAGGGUACUGCACCUGGGGAGGAAGAACCAGCAGCAUACCUACAGGCUGGGGAACUCCCUUCUCAUCAGUGCAGAGGCAGAAAAGGAUUUAUUGAUUCCAAAAUGAACAUGGGCGGACAGUGUGGGGACGCGGUCAGCAAGGCUAACUGCACCAUGUCAUGCAUCCACAGUCGCAUCACAAGCAGGUCCAAGGAGGUGAUCCUCCCCCUCUAUGCGACACUGGUCAGGCCAAAGUUGGAGUACUGCAUCCAGUUCUGGGCACCGCACUUCAGGAGGGAUGUGGCCAGCAUGGAGAGGGUCCAGAGGAGGGCCACUCGCAUGAUCAGGGGACAGCAGGGCAGGCCCUAUGAGCGGAGGCUAUGAGACCUGAACCUGUUCAGACUCCACAAGAGAAGGCUGAGAGGGGACCUGGUGUCCGUCUAUAAACUGGCCAAGGGGGACCAGCAGGGAAUGGGAGAGUCCCUGUUCCCCCAAGCACUACAGGGAGUAAUGAGGAAUAACUGCCAUAAGUUAACGGAGAGUAGAUUCAGGCUAGAUAUCAGGAGGCGCCACUUCACAGUCAGGGCGGCUAGGAUCUGGAACCAACUUCCAAGGGAAGCGGUGCUCGCUCCUACCCUGGGGGUCUUCAAAAGAAGGCUAGAUAGACACCUAACCGGGGUUAUUUGACCCCAGCAUCCUUUAUUGCUCAUGGCAGGGGGUCGGACUUGAUGAUCUGCUCAGGUCCCUUCCGACCCUACCUACUAUGAAAUUAUGAAACCUCUGGGACAGCCAUACUUCCCAGGGGCCAUGCCAUGGGGUCCCUCACAUACCACACCCAGGUCUGUGUUUCGUUUGUCCCCCUGGAAUCAUCCCUUUCCUCAAUUCACCUGGUGUUGAGGUAAGGCUCUGUGACCAGCCCCUCCACAGGGUCCUAUGGUUGCCCAGCCCAGGCGUGGCUGCACCUUUCAUCUGGCUUCUCCAGGUCCUUCAGAAACCUUUUAUGGAUGCUGCCCUGGCUCAGUGCUGCUCACUCAUUUGGAAGCUUGUUCCAGUGCUUCAUCUUUUUCUGCCAGAAGUGUUGCUGGAAUAAGACCUCGGCAGACCCACCCAUCCUCCCAAAGACCUUCUGCUUCUGAUAUACGUACUUCAAGGUGUACUUGUGAUUGGUUUUCUGUUUGUGGCUGUUUGCUCUUCAUAUUCCUUCUUCCCCUCCUAGUCUCCAUCACACGUUGUACCCAUUGUGAGUUAUGCUAUUGGCCACCAUGGUCCUGGACUUCCAUCUUCUGAUCUAAAGGAUACAUCACUGCCUCUUGAUACUGACUGUUUAGCCCACUGGGUUCAUUUCUUAUCUUUUGCUUUAUUUUUUUGUGGUAAAGGUUUGCAUGCUUAUUGUGGCUUUAUUGCACUGAUCCAUCAAGCCUAGAAUUUUACCCUGCCAUUCAUCCCUGUAGUAUCUGGGUGCCUGCCAUUUAAAAUCAGUAGCAAUUAAACGUAUACUUAGGAUAGAUGAUGUGGUUUUUAAACAUUUUAUUAAGUUACUUAUCUUGAUUAGUUGAUUUGUUCCUGGUUUUAAGGUUGGGGGGUUGUGUCUGUGGGUGAAGAGGCCAGUGUUUUGAGCAACAUCCUAUCUGUGGUGGAAAGGCUGUCUCAGAGUAGAAAGCCUUGGAAAGUUUCCUGAAAAAGGCGAGACUCUAGAUUUGUCCGGUCACCUCUGGCAGCCUAUUCCAGGCUAGGGAGUCUCCAAGCCUGCUAGGGCCAAGAUUGGUCUCUUUAAGUUUGCCUAUGUCUAUCCCAACCAUGCAGUUUAUCCAAUAAAAGAUAUCACCCACAAGAAUUCUUGCCUCUUGCAUAGAAGAACAAACCAUUUUGGUGAAAAAGACUUGUUUCCCUUUCAGUGAAAGAUGUCUUGAGCAUCAGAAUCUUAUGGGAGCAUUUUCUACACAUCUUGGCCAACUCUGUUAGCUAGCCAGUUUUCUCAAUUCCUUUUUUUUCCCCAUCAGACAAAAAAGACACUAAUGUAACAUGAAAAGAAAUAUAUACAUAUAU